UUUUGUCUAAUUGUUUUGUGUCUUUUUCAGUGGCAGUUCAUGUGUUAACUAUUACCUCAACAUGACGCUGCACAAGUCUCACAACCACACACUGCACACCACCGGAGGCACGAUGGAGAAGGCCGGUGUUUUCAGUCCGGACACCGAAUUUGAUGAUGUGGAUAUCUAUAUGAGCUGCGCCGACUGUCUGGUGAUGGUCUACCUUAACACCAAGGGCAAAACCCUGCUGAGCUACAGGAGGGAGGGGCACCAUCGGGAUGCUGAGGCGUUGAAAGCGGCCCUCGACGAUCACAGGAAACAGUCGGAGUGUCUGGGAUUCCCUCACGACGAAGCGUUCAGCUACGACGGAGCCGCAGAUUUUUGUCACAGGAAGUCUUCUCCGGAGGAGGAAGUUGAAGCAACUGCGAAGGAACAAGCUGCACCGACUGCUAAAGUCGAAGAGUCCUGA